CUUCACUCAUCCAGCAGUUGCAGAAGUGAUUGUGUUUAAAAGAAAAGUAAAGAGUUGAUUCUUUUUCCAUACAAAUUUAUUUAUUUAUCUCGCAAACCAGAUUUCAGUGGAAAUCAAUUACCAAAAUACAAAUCGUUAUAAUCGUGAUAUAAUCAAGUGUUUUCACAAGUCUUAAGAAAAAGCAAACAAAAAAAUGGCCACAAGGAAAAAAUCUCUAUUGAAAGUCAUCAUUUUGGGAGACAGUAGCGUUGGUAAGACUUCGCUUAUGAAUCAAUAUGUGAACAAGCGUUUUUCAAAUCAAUACAAAGCAACAAUUGGAGCUGAUUUCCUAACGAAAGAAAUUGUUGUUGAUGAUCGUGUUGUCACAAUGCAGAUUUGGGAUACUGCUGGCCAAGAACGUUUCCAAUCGUUGGGUGUUGCCUUCUAUCGCGGAGCCGAUUGUUGUGUACUCGUUUAUGAUGUGACUGUUCCGACAACGUUCAAAAACCUUGACUCAUGGCGUGAUGAAUUUUUAAUUCAAGCCAGUCCACGUAAUCCCGAGCAGUUUCCAUUUGUUGUGUUAGGAAAUAAAGUGGAUUUGGAGACACGUCCAAUGCCAAACAGACGUGCUCAACAAUGGUGUCAGUCAAAGAAUGAUAUACCAUAUUUCGAGACAUCAGCAAAGGAAGGAGUAAACGUUGAAUUAGCCUUUCAAACAAUCGCCAAAAACGCUCUUGCUCAGGAAGUUGGGAGGGACGAAAUUUAUAAUCAUUUCCCCGACCAGAUUCGCCUUGACGGUGACAGAAAUAACCGAAACCGAAAUUCAGACAACUGUCAAUGCUAAUAAACUCAUUCGAAAAAUAUUCAUUCGACUAAAAAUAAUAAUUAAUUCUAUCAUUAUACAUACAUUAAUGAGUGUAAUGAUUUAUAAAUAAAACAAGUAAGAAUUAUAUUAAGUAAAUACAAAAUUCAUAAUUAAAACAAAAAAAAAAGGAAGCAGCUCCAAAUUAAACAAAAAAUAAAAGAAAAACUACAUCAAAACCAGAUAACAAUAAGAUUAUAUAUGCAACCAUUGUGUAGAAUUUGUAUUUUGUUUUAAGCAAGAAUUCUUAAACAAAACAAAAAAAAAAAACAGAACAGAACUUUAUUUGUGGUCUUAUUUUUUAUUUUAUUUAAAUUUAUUGCUUUGCAAGUGUUCUUAUAUUUUAUAAGCAACAUUUACUACUGUUUGUCUUUCAUAUUAUUAAUAAAUCAAAUUUCCAAGAGUAAAUUAAAGUUAAUAAAAUAUUAUAUUUAGAGAAAAA